UUCUUUUAUGCUCACUUACGUGUCUUUCCAAAAUGGCGGCAAGUUGAACGUGAAAGUAUGUUUAUAAAUGAAAAUAUUGGUCUAUUUUUUAUAGAUCUCUAAUUUUGAAUGGAUUGCGAGAAUAAUUAUGGAUUGCACCCCAUCAUGCCGCCUUCCCAAACACGCAGAGCUUAUCCAGUCGGCAGCAACAUGGGAAAAUUUACCUGGAUUUCUCUCAGUUGCGCGAAGGAUUUGCGCUAACCCGACGAAUUUCACGGAUCGCUUCGGGCGACAUGUUCUUCAUGUGGCUGCCACGUGCGGUAAAGGCGACUUGCUGGAGUGGCUCGUAAAGGAGUGCAAGGUCGACGUGGGGCUGAGGGAUGUGGAAUCUGCAUGGACGGCUCUGCAUCGUAGUGUGUACUACGGUAGACUGGACUGCGCUGUGAGGUUGAUACGGUGUGGUGCAGAUCUCUACGCCUGCGACAAGGAAGACCUCUCACCCUUGGAUAUCCUCAUGUUGGACAGCCCUUACAAAAUGUCUAGCGCAGUUGAGGCUCGAGUGAUAACUGAUCACAAGACUCUGAUGGAUGAUGAGCUUGACCUGAAUGCUGGGGAUAUCAUCACAAAUGUCCGGAUGUCUGACCUGUCAAUUAGCUAUUGGAUGGGAACACUUAAAGGGAAGAGAGGCUUUUUCCCCAAAGACUGUGUAGAAGUCAUCAAACAAGAUGAUCAUGAAACUCAGCUUUACACCUGGGGCUCAAACACCAACUUUACUCUUGGUCACCGUGAUGAAAAUAUGCGACAACACCCUGAGCUUGUGGAUGCCUUCAGCACCCAUAACAACAUCCAACAGGUUGCGAUGUGUAAAUUCCACUCAGCAUUCCUCACUGGUGAUGGCAAAGUCCUCACUUGUGGUCAUGGGAGAGGAGGAAGACUUGGGCAUGGAGAUGAAAAAACACAACUGGCACCCUGUAUGUUGAGUGGUAUUGGAGAUGAUAAAUGCAUUAGUAUAGCAGCUGCCCAAGAUCAUACUCUACUUGUUAUGGAAAGUGGAGUUGUGUUUAGUUUUGGGUUGAACAACAUGCAUCAGCUUGGACACAGUCCGCCUUCAAUGCAGAGUCUAGUGCCUAAAAUGGUUCAGGCCAGAGUUUGGAAGGGGAAACAAGUCAUAGGCGUGGCGGCUGGAAAAUAUCACUCUGCGUUCUACACACAUACUGAACUAUUUACAUGUGGUCUUAACAUUGGCCAACUGGGACAUCUCAAAGGAGAGAAGUACCAGACAAUUCCACGACAGGUUAGCGCACUAGUCCAGAAAGAUCUCCGUCUUGCCAGUGUAAUGUGCUCAGAUAAUGCUACAGUCUGUGCCACUGACAGAGGGGACAUCUAUCUACUUCAGCAUUACACCUGCCAAAGAGUUAUCAAUAGAUUUCCUGAGUUAACCCGACUGCAAGUCUGUGGUGGGAAUUUUGACGUGACAAGUACUCCUGACGUUAAUAAAGCCCACGAGAAGCUUACGCUCACGCUGCUCAACGCUAAAGGAGAAGUGUACCAAUGGAGAUCGUCUAAUUGUGGCCUCAGAAAGGCCCUCUGGUCUCUUAAAAGGGAGCUCUUUGUUUCUGACAUCGCUGUCGGUAAAAACCUACUCAUCAUUACAGAUAAAGGCGAAGCGUUUAUGUGUACCCAAUCGGAUGACGUCAUCCCUGACGUCAAGCGCACGCCAUCCUCCUCUUCACUAACCCAGCUCGGCCUGCUGAUGGGAGACUGGAACCGAAAAGAUUUCAUUGGCUACCAUGCCGAGAGAAUACCCAUGGUGCACCGUGGGAUGAGAAUCUUUACUGAUGCGAAAUCCAAGGGGUUCGCGGUAUUGCAAAGCCAUCCAUCCGCUGGGUUGGGGAAGUACCCGAAAGUGUCCGCCUCACGAAUGUGUGAAGACUUCAAGCAGUUGCUAGAUGAGUCAACUAUAGAGGACUCGAUACAUGACGUCACACUUAUGGUGGAAAGUCACACAUUCCCAGCCCAUUCCUUCAUCUUAGCGUCACGCAGUGCCGUCUUACGUGACCUCCUGCAGGCAGAUGAUGUCACGCAACGUGGAAAUCAAGUAUCCCGGAUCUUAACCCUUCCGGCUGUAAAAGAUAUUACCGUCGCUUCCAAAUACCUUCAGGAUAUCUACAGCGGGGCGUAUGUGGACGAGUCCUGCAUUUUCCAAAAUCUUAACAAACCUCCUUAUGAGAACAAGCCCAUGAUUGUAAUGGACUUCGCCUCAAAUACACAAGGCGGUGGUGAGGAGAAUAUAGAGCCCUGGAGCACAAGGCUUGCUGGAUGGGGAGAUCUGGAUGAUCUCUCAACGUCGGGUGCUUCUGAUCAGAGUGCGAAAUCUUCGCACAGGCAGCGAGGAAAGAGUAAGACGAAAUCGCCCCAAAAGAAGGAGAGGAAAAGGGAAACAACGGGGCUCAAAAGUGCAAGACCGAGAGAAGAUGUCGACAAAAGAAUAAGAUUCAAUAGAUUAAGUUUUCCUCAUCUUCAUGACGUCACAAUCGAGUCUGAAGACGGAGUAAACUUCGCAUGUCACAAGUGCGUCCUUGUUGCCAGGCUUGACUAUUUUCGCAGUAUGUUGGCCUGUGGAUGGCUUGAGGCGAGUAGCGAGAUGGCAACUCUAAAAAUGCCGCUCCAUUCCAGCGUGUUAUGCGUUGUUCUAGAUUAUCUCUACACGGACGACGCACACAGGAUCAAAGGUUUACAAGAUAUUGAAUUCAUUGGUAACGUUCUUGUCGUCGCCGAUCAGCUACUGAUUGGUAGACUGAAAGAGAUAUGCGAAUCGCACAUGGCGAAGAUGAUAUCGUUCAAGAAUGUCAUGGAGCUACUGGAGUUCUCUUGUGUUUACAACGCGCUACAGUUGAAAGAAACCUGCCUUGAAUUCAUUUGCUCGAAUCUCUGCCUUCUUUUGGAAGCCGGCCAUCUCAAUCUUUUGAGUGAAGAAACGAUCGAAGAAGUGUCCAAAGCAUACAGGGAAAUGGUGCCGAAUAUGGCAUGGCGCAUGCUCACUCCACAAGAUGACCAUUUAUGCGUCAUCGACCCCCACCCCUCCCCCUCUAAGCGCCGUAGGACCUCAAGCCGAAAAAGGUCUUCGCGAAGUGAAAGCGACGGGUGUGGAGAGGUUACCAAUGGACCGGAAGUGAGCGAAUCUGCGGUUUUAGACCGGAAGAUGAAUGAUUUGGCCCUAGAGGACGUGUUUGAAAACGAGGUGGCUCCUAAGGAAGAAGACAGCAGGGACCCUCAGAAAUCCACUGACCAUAUCGCCACUACCACGUCACGUGACGCCCAUGACGAGCCAUGUGUGGUUGAUGACGAACAUAAUGAGGUUGAUACGCUAGGGCAGUGGUACAGAAAACUUGAGGGAACGAAACCGACGAGUAGAACACGUCCUGGAAAAACACCCAUCAAGAAAAAGCUGGUCGAGCGGGCGUCUCACAACACAGAUGAUACACCCUCACCUGAGAGGAAGACGGUCACGCCAGUGAAGGCUUGGGGAUCCUCAUCAAGUGCUUCCAGUCCAACCACCGCAGAUCUCAGGACCAUAAUGCAACAGGAGCAGGGUAUCAUGAGAGUACCUGUCAGUAACCAUGAAACCCCACUCGUCAAAAGAGACAGAACGUCACCAAGUAAGCAGCCGAGAAGAAGUCUUGAGACACCGUCGGUAAAUGCGCCUAGCAGGGACUCAAAACUAGAAAGUGAGGUCCAAGCUGGAAUAAACGUGAAAUGGGAAGUUGGUGGUCGACAGUCACAGAAACAGCGCAAAAGAGCAAAGUCUGCGGGUAGUGAACAGACAUCUGUGGCGCAAGAGAAUGGAGAAAAGUCACCAGAAAGCAGACCCAACCCUUGGGGUUUACCCGAUAAGACCCCAGUACCUGUUAGCUCCUUGAGGGAAUUGAUAGAACAGGAGAGGAAGUCACAGCUGUCGUCUGUUGCUAAGCCGAGUCCAACCAAGUCACUCCCUGCAGAUGUAUCAAACACCUCCAGGAAAAAGCUCAGUUGGAGCGUAUUGCCACCGGAAGCCGCUAAAGUAGACGCUGUGCAGCCUAUAAGAACAAGCGCAUGGGGUUCUUCACCAAAAGCGGUGACGUCAACAUCAACGUCAGUGACGUCAACAACAUCGCCUUCAGCCGCUCAGUUCUCGGAAAUCCUACAAUCUCAAGAGCUCGAGGAUAUCAACUACACCAAGGCUCGUCAGAAGUCGCUCCAUCAGAUACAGCUAGAAGACCGUGCCAUUCAUGAACUCCUUGAGCAUUAUGGGGGACGUUUCAAUGCAUGCGAACUUGUCACCGUAGAGCGAGUACCAUCAGGCAUUGCGGCCCCUGUAUGGAACAGAGAACGCAAUUUGUCUGGUGGCAAAUCGUGACCUACAUUCGAUGGACGAGAUCAACAGUGAUUUGUCAUAAUCAUCGUCGUCGUCACCCUACGGUCCCUGCAGUCGCCCAGCCCAGCUGCCCGUUUUCCACGUGAUACGAUUGGCUACUACCCUCGGCAGUCCCUUAGUGAUUGUAUAAGGAAGUCAGUCGUAUAUUCGUUUUUGUCAUUAUAUUUUGGCCAUUACUAUGGCGUGGAAAUUCUUGAAAAUUACAUGUGGUGGAAAUUCUUGGACAAUUACAUGGGGUGGAAAUUCGUAGACAAUUACAUAUGGUGGAAAUUCCUGGAAAACUACGUAGGGAAGAAAUCCCUGGACAAUUGCAUGGGGUGGAAAUUCCUGGACAAUUAUAUUGGGUGGAAAUUCCUAGACAAUUACAUGGGGUGGAAAUUCCUAGACAAUUAUAUUGGGUGGAAAUUCCUAGACAAUAACAUGGGGUGGAACUUCCUAGACAAUUACAUGGGGUGGAAAUUCCUAGAUAAUUACAUGUGGUGGAAAUUCCAGGGGAGGAAUGAAGGAGAAGAGGCUCUGAAAAGUUUCCUUUUAUAUUGGAGGAGAGUAUGGCUCUUUCCUGAAAUCACGAACAUCAUCCCCUUGCGUGUCCAUCCUUUGACUAAACCUUGCGAAGCUCCCGAUGCGUUGAUUAUGAUAUUUGCUUACUGGGAAACUAAAAUUAUACAAGGACAAAAAACAGCUGGUGGAAAAACACUAGGCAAAAUUACAUAAAUCACGAAUUUAGAUUAAAUUCUACUUUUUAUACAGAGAGUUUAUAAGGAUGUGUGUAUCACGUACUAUGCAGACAUCAAGGAAUAAAUACCUAUUAUUUUCAACAUGACUUUUUAUGCCAACAAGAGUCAACUCAAACUCGGAUAACUCAAGCUCCUUCGACUGGAACUGACUUUAAGUUCCCUAAAACUAAUGUACAGGGGGGGGGGGUGGAUAUCCACCCCCCUUUUUGAGUAAAAAUAGACUUUUUGUUUGACGAAAAUAAACUGAUAAAUGUCUGAGGGA